AUGUCGUGCGAGCGGCGGUUGUGGGCGGUCGCGCGUCGGGGCGCGAAGCUGCUGCGCCGCAUCUUCAUCCCGUCCGUCCUCGGCAUCUGCUUGGGCGGCGGGGUCGGGCUGUUUGCAAAGACGCUGAUGCUGCCGCCCGAGACGGCGCCGCUCGGCUGGCUCUUCAUCUCGGCCUCCAAGCUCGGCGAGGCGGCGGUGCCCAUCAACCUCGUCCUGCUCGGGGCGGCCCUCUCGCGCAGGCCCGAGGCCAAGGGGCUGCCCGUCGCCACCGCCGUCGGCAUCGCCCUCGCGCGGAUGGUGGCGAUGCCGCUGCUCGGCCUCGUCGUCGCCUACGGGCUCACCACGGCGGGCGCGCGCUUCGUGCAGCCUUAUGUCGCCGUCGACCCGUUCUGGCUCGUCUGCCUGAUCGUGACGUGCACGCCGACGGCCAACAACAUCGUGGUGCUGUGCGAGCUCGCGGGCGAGAACAAGCACACCAUGUCUGCCGCCAUCUUUUAUCAGUAUUGCGCCGCGCCCAUCCUCUUGCCCGGCGUACUGACGCUGUACGUGGCCUUCAUCUGCCACAAUCGCGAGAGCAUUCAUGGGGACAUGCUAUUGUGA